CAUUCUCUACGAGGAGGAAAUGGGGAACCAUAAUAAGAACCCCGGGGAGAAGCUCCAUCUGGCGCAAGAGCAGCUCGCCUUGGCGGGGGACAAGAUUCUCUCCCUAGAACGGAGCCUAAACCUCUACAGGGACAAGUACCAGACCUCCCUGAGCAACAUCGAGCUGCUGGAGUGUCAAGUGAAGAUGCUGGAGGGGGAACUCAGCGGAAUCAUCGGCCAGGAGCCUGAGAACAAGGGCGACCACUCGAAGGUGCGCAUCUACACUUCUCCAUGCGUGAUUCAAGAGCAUCAGGAGACUCUAAAGCGACUGUCUGAAGUUUGGCAAAAGGUUUCUGAGCAGGAUGACCUCAUCCAGGAGCUUCGGAAUAAACUGGCCUGCAGCAACUCUCUAGUUCUAGAGCGUGAGGAGGCUUUGAUAAAAUUACAAGCUGACUUCGCUUCCUACACAGCCACCCACAGGCAUCCCCCUACCUCCUCAGAAGACUGCGAGGACAUCAAAAAGAUCCUGAAGCACCUGCAGGAGCAGAAAGACAGCCAGUGUCUGCACGUGGAGGAGUACCAGAACCUUGUCAAGGACCUGCGCAUGGAGCUGGAAGCCGUGUCAGAGCAGAAGAAGAACAUCAUGAAGGACAUGAUGAAGCUGGAGCUGGAGCUACACGGGCUGCGGGAGGAGGCAUCAGCCCACAUCGAGAAGAAGGACAAGGAGACUGCCGUCCUGCAGCACCGGCUGCAGGACCUGCAGCAGCAGUAUACAGAGACACAGAAGCUGGCCCUGAAGAAGGACAAGUUGCUCCAAGACAAGGACGAGAGGCUGCACGAGCUAGAGAAGAAACUGGCACAUGCGCAGAACACCCUCAUGGAGAAAGAGGCGGAGCUGGAGAAGCUGCAGCGCACGACGAAAGACCUCGAGGCAAACCUGCAAGAGGCAAAGCAGGGCACGUCCAAAGUGGAUUGUGAGGCCCUGCGGGCCGAGGUCCAGAAACUGAAGGACACUCUUGAGGAGACCAAAGAGCAACUAAAGCUGGCAGAUCAGAACCUUGCCCAGUGUAAGGAGGAAGCACAGCAGGCUGGAAGCAACCUAGAAGAUGCUCAUCGGAAAAUCGAGAGCUGCCUUCUCCUGGACAAGAAGAAGGCAGAUAUCAUCAAGGAUCUGCAGGGUCAGCUGGAGAAGCUGCAGGAGGAGUCUGUGGCAGCUGAAAAGGAGAGAGUAGGCAACAGGAAACGGAUAGAGGAGCUGACCUCAGAACUCUACGAGAGCCAGCGGAGGCUUUCAAAUUCCGACAAUGAGCGGCUGCUGCUCAAGAAGACGCUAAACGAGAGCGAACGAAGAGGAAGCGACUUGAUGGAGUCUACCAAAAUGGCCGAGCAAAAGCAAAGAGAGCUAACAAACACCAAAACCAAGCUGGAAGAGGAACUUCAGGAGAUAAAAGGGUUGCUGGAGGAGAAACGGGAACACCUGAAAAGGAGCAAGGAACAAGAAAAGGCCCUGGAGGGAGAAAUUGAGGCUCUGCGACAGGAAGCAAAAAAGAAAGAAAAGAUGGCCAAAGAGCACUUGAGGAAGCUGGAGGAAGAAAAGGAGAAUCUGCAGACGGAGCUCAGUUCCUGCUCCUCACACCUGGAGUCCUCCAUCAACAAGUACAACAGCUCCCAGAAGGUCAUCCAGGAGCUCAACGCAGAGAUAGCCCGCCAGAAAGACUCCAUCAUGAUUCUGCAGACGCAGCUGGACUCAGCUAUCCAGAAAGAGAAGAACUUCCUUCAGAGCAUGGUCAGCAAAGAAACCUACGAAGAGGUUUUGCGGAAGUCGGGCGUCUGCCAAGACGACCUGACGCAAGCCCUGGAGAAGCUCACUCAUGCGACCUCCGAGACAAAGAGCCUGCAGCGCAGCUUGCAACAGACCCAAGAGAGGAAGGCGCAGCUGGAAGAUGAAAUCCUAGCUUAUGAGGAAAGGAUGAAAAAACUCAACGUGGAGUUAAAAAAGCUACAAGGCUUCCACCAGCAGAGUGAGCUAGAGGUGCACACCUUUGAUAAGAAACUGGAAGAGAUGAGCAACCAGGUGUUGCAGUGGCAGAAGCAGCAUCAGAGUGACCUCAAGAUGCUGGCCGCUAAGGAGACGCAGCUCCGGGAAUUCCAGGAAGAAAUGGCUACCCUGAAAGAGAGCCUCCUUGCGGAUGAGAAGGAGCCAUGCUGCCUGUCCCCGAGGACAACCAAAGACCCCUGCAGGCACCACCGGGACAAUGACCAGAUUAUGUGCAACAUGGAACAGUGGGCAAAGGAACAGAAGAUUGCCAAUGAGAAACUGGGAAACAAGCUGCGAGAACAGGUCAAAUACAUCGCCAAGCUGACCGGAGAAAAGGACCAUCUCCACAAUGUAAUGGUCCAUCUGCAGCAGGAAAACAAAAGGCUGAAGAAUGAGAUAGAAGAGAAGAAGUUAAAGACUGGGAACGCGAGGAUCUGCGCCAAAGCCCUCGGCCCCUGCAAACUGGAACCUUCCCUAAAGGGGAAAAUUUGCAACCCACUGGGCUGGAGAGGAAUAGCCCAGGACGUGACGCCGAAAACGGACAUCACCAAGUACAUAGGGAUGCCCCACUGCUCGGGCUCCUCAUACUGCUAGACUCAGCUCCUCACCCUCAGCCCCAUCCCUACACAUUGGCAGAGGACAGCGAGUUCCCGCCCCUCCUUCUUGACCGGUAUCAGCUCCUACAGUCAUCCACCAAGGCCCCUGUAUGGUUUACAAGAUGUUAUUGCUUUACUGAGUUUGUCUACUUCCUGAAGUGGAGUGAGUUCUGAUACCCCACUCCCACCUCCAAGCCCUGACUCUGAAAUAAAGACCCAGACCACACA